AUGAAGAUUUUCUUUAGAUCCCAGAGGUUGUGGAAAAUUAUAGAAGAAGGUUUUAGCAAAGAGAAGCCAUCAGAAAAGGACUUGGAAGAUGAUGCCAAGGCCUUAUUUUUGUUGCAACAAGCUGUGGAUGAGACAAUUCUUCAUAGGAUUGUCAGAUUUGAUUCAGCAAAGGAAGCCUGGGAUCAUUUGAAGAAUGAAAAUCAAGGGACUUCUCGUAUGGUGUCAAUAAGACAGCAGGCAUUAAGGCAAAGAUUUGAUUUGCUUCAAAUGAGAGAAGAUGAAACUAUACAACACUAUAUUACAAGGGUUCUGGCAGUGGUGAAUCAAAUCAGAGGUAUGGGAACUGAAUUGAAGGAUGCUGAGAUAGUUUUGAAGGUGUUGAGGAGUCUAUCUUCCAGAUUUGUUCAUGCUGUAACUUCCAUAGAAGAGGCAAGGGACAUGUCCACAUUAUCUCUGGAUGAAUUGAGUGGUUCUUUGCAGGCUCAUGAGGCAAGAUUUAAUCAAUUUUCUGAGAGGCAUGAAGCUUUUGUUAUGCAAGGAAAUUUCAGAGGUGGAAGAAUGAGAGGAAGAGGCAGGAAUUUUAGAGGUAGAGGAAGAGCUGAAAUUAAUCCUAGAGGUGGUGAUCAAAGGCAAGCCAUACAACAACAAGGACAACAAUAUACAAAUGAACGUGGUAGAGGUGGUCCAAGAUUUUUUGGGAGAGUUAGUAGAGGCCAGAGACAGUAUGGUCAGAGAGGUGCAAGAGGAGGUUUUCAGAAUGUUCAAUGCUUUAAGUGUAAGAAGUAUGGCCAUUAUCAAUCUCAUUGUUGGUCUACACAAAGCAGAAAUUCAGAUGAAGGUUCAAGUUCAUCUGUUAAUAUGAGCUCUAUUGAUUAUGGAAGCUUGUUUAUGGUGCACAAUGGAGAGGAAUUACAUAACUCUUCUAUUUGGUUACUUGAUAGUGGGACUUCUUGUCACAUGACAAGUAGGAGAGAAUUAUUUCACAAUCUUGAUGAGACAUUGAGACAUAAAGUGAGAUUGGGAGAUGACAAAGAAGUUGAUGUUCUUGGCAAAGGAUCUGUUGCAAUUCAGGUGUGUGGAGGAGAAACAAAAUUAAUACAUGGAGUUCAGUUUGUUCCUUCUUUGGCUCACAAUUUAUUAAGUGUUGGUCAGCUAGUUGAAGGAGGUUAUGAUGUGAUGAAUGUGGCAAGAAAGGAUGAAGAUUUGGGAAUGCUAUGGCACAGGAGAUAUGGGCAUUUGAAUUUCCAAGGGUUGCAAGUGUUAGCACAACAUAAUUUGGUAACAGUUCAAGGAAAGACUCCACAUGAAGCUUGGUUUGGGAUCAAACCAAAUGUGUCACAUUUGAGAAUUUUUGGAUGUAUAGCUUUUGUCCAUGUUCCUACUCAAAACUUGCAGAAAUUGGAUAAUAGAGCUGUGAAGGGAGUUUUUCUUGGUUAUUGUAUUGAUGCCAAGGCAUAUAAAAUUUUUGUGCCCGAUCAUCGAAAAAUUCUGGAGAGGAGAAUGAUCAUUGCGAGGAAUUCAAGAUCAAGUGAUCGAAUGGUUCGGGAUGCAGGAACAACCAAGAGUAGUAAUGCAGCAAUUCUUCACCAACUCAUACUGAACAAGCAAAUCCUAAUACUUAUGAGGAGGCUGAAAAAUCAGAACAUUGGAGAAAAGGCUAUGAAAGAAGAAUUUGAUGCAAUUCAAAAAAAUGAAACUUGGAAAACUUUGUGA